UCGCCCCUCUCUCUCUCUCUCGCCGCCAUCGCGAUAGCCUCCUGCUUCAGCCGCUAACGGGUCUGCGCGCAUCUCUUCCUCCGAAGCCCCCUUUGUUGAUUAUUCCGAAAUGGCAUCAGACGAAGGAAAGCUCUUCAUUGGAGGGCUCAGUUUUGACACCAAUGAGCAGAAUCUGGAGCAGUUGUUCUCUCCCUAUGGAGACAUUGCAGAAGUGGUUGUCGUGAAAGACCGGGAAACCCAGCGGUCCAGGGGCUUUGGCUUCAUCACCUAUUGCCGUCCCGAGGAUGCCAAGGAUGCCAUGAGAGCCAUGAAUGGAGAGUCUGUGGAUGGCCGUCAGAUCCGGGUUGACCAGGCUGGGAAAUCAUCCCGUGGCUCUUCUGGAGGCAGAGGACGUGGACGUGGAUUCUCUAGAGGAGGUGGAGGAUACGGAGGUGGCCGUUACGACAACAGGAGCGGCGGUUAUGGUGGAUCAAGAGACUACUAUGGCAGCAGGAAUCAGGGAGGCUAUGGAGACCGUUACUCUGGGAGCUCCUACAGAGACAACUACGAUAACUAGCUUACACCGAGCAUAAAUCCUUCCUGAAUCAAGAUCGUCCUUCCAAUGGCCGUAUUUAUAAAGAUUUUUGGAGCUUCGCUGAAUCUUGUUUAGUUCUCUACCUGUAUUUUCUCUCUCUCUCCCCCCGCCCUUCCCCUUUUUUGUAGUCUUAUCACAUGCAGCCCAACAGCUUCUGCUACAAGAUGGCCUGUUAGAGCUUUCUGGAGGAAAAAAUGUUUUAAUUUGCCUUUUUUUUUUUCCUUUUUUCCUUUUUUUUUACAGGUGUGUUUCAGCAUUUUUUAAAAUAACUUUUAUUGGUUGGUUUUUUUUUCUCCCCCUCCACUCCCCCAGAUUUCUUUUAACGAGCUAAGAUUGGGGCUCCAGCCUAAGUUUUGCCUAUAAUUUUCCCCACCCCCCCCCCCCCCCCCCC